AUGUGUGCACGGUUUAUGAAAGUCAGCAUUUUUAUUUUAAUAUGUGCGGGAUUGACUUUUGGCCUGAAGGUGAUUUUUGAAAGAACCCGAAUAACGUACUUAAACGAAGAAUAUAUACAAUGUGCAUUCUUAAACGUGUCACGAUACGAGAGAAAAGGCGACUAUUACAUUAAUUUAGAAUUUAUAUCGAAAUACCCGUUCUCCAAAAAUGUAAUGAUACAUCUGCUGUUUUUCGAAUUUGUAAGCUACAAGUACGAGCGCAGUUUCAUAGAGUUUCAUUACAAUUUAUGCGAUUUUCUGAUGGAUCCGCUGAUCGGAGCAGAGUUUAAAAAGCAAGGAUUAGAAUGUCCGAUUAUACCUGGCAAAUUAUACUCUUACAAGAAUUUUACAGUACAUUUGGACGACUUUCCCAACGUCUUCCCAUUUGAAAAGGGUUUAAUCAAGAUCGAAAUACGCUUGACGGAUUCUAAUAAAACACACAUAGCAGAAGCAUUUCUUCAUCUUUCAUUCAAAAAUAAAAAUAAAGGCACAAAACGUAAUUUAACUAUGAAACUCUGA